AUAUUACUAUUGCGUUACACAUUUUACUGUUAUUGUUACACAUAUCACUGUUACACAUAUAACGGUUACUGUUACAUAUAACAGUUACUGUUACUGUUAUUGUUACACAUAUCACUGUUACACAUAUAACAGUUACUGUUACAUAUAACGGUUACUGUUACACAUAUAACUGUUACACAUAUUACUGUCACACGCAUUACUGUAAUUGUUACACAUAUUACUGUUACACAUAUUAGUUUUAUUGUUACACAUUGUACUGUUACACAUAUAACUGUUAUAAAUAUUUCUGUUAUUGUUACACAUAUUACUAUGGCGUUACACAUAUAACUGUUAUUGUUACACAUAUCAAUGUUACACAUAUAACUGUUAUAAAUAUUUAUGUUAUUGUUACACAUAUUACUAUUGCGUUACACAUUUUACUGUUAUUGUCACACAUAUCACUGUUACACAUAUAACGGUUACUGUUACAUAUAACGGUUACUGUUACUGUUAUUGUUACACAUAUUACUGUUACACAUAUUACUGUCACACGCAUUACUGUAAUUGUUACACAUAUUACUGUUACACAUAUUAGUUUUAUUGUUACACAUUGGACUGUUACACAUAUAACUGUUAUAAAUAUUUUUGUUAUUGUUACACAUGUUACUAUGUCGUUACAAAUAUUACUGUUAUUGUUACACAUAUCACUGUUACACAUAUAACGGUUACUGCUACACAUAUCACUGUUACACAUAUAACGGUUACUGCUACACAUAUCACUGUUACACAUAUUACUGUUAUUGUUACACAUAUUACUGUUACACAUAUUACUUUUAUUGUUACACAUGUUACUGUUACACAUAACUGUUACAAAUAUUUCUGUUAUUGUUGCACAUAUUACUAUAGCGUUACACAUUUUACUGUUAUUGUUACACAUAUCACUGUUACACAUAUCACUGUUACACAUAUUACUGUUAUUGUUACACAUAUUACUGUUACACAUAUUACUUUUAUUGUUACACAUGUUACUGUUACACAUAUAACUGUUACAAAUAUUUAUGUUAUUGUUGCACAUAUUACUAUUGCGUUACACAUUUUACUGUUAUUGUUACACAUAUCACUGUUACACUUAUAACUGUUACAAAUAUUUCUGUUAUUGUUGCACAUAUUACUAUAGCGUUACACAUUUUACUGUUAUUGUUACACAUAUCACUGUUACACAUAUAACGGUUACUGUUACACAUAUCACUGUUGCACAUAUUACUGUUACAUAUGUAACACAUAUUACUGUCACACACAUUACUGUUAUUGUUACACAUAUUACUUUUAUUGUUACACAUUUUACUGUUACACAUAUGACUGUUAUAAAUAUUUAUGUUAUUGUUACACAUAUUACUAUUGCGUUACACAUUUUACUGUUAUUGUUACAAAUAUCACUGUUAUAUAUAGCACUGUUACACAUAGCUGUUACACAUAUUACUGUUACAUAUGUAACUGUUACUGUUACACAUAUUGCUGUUACAUAUGUUACUGUUACAUAUGUAACUGUUACUGUUACACAUAUUGCUGUUACAUAUGUUACUGUUACAACCUCAUUAAAAAAUCACAAAUGGGACACCUUUAACAACACGACGCUAACACACUCGUGCUAACUCGUUUAGCAAGUCUGGUUAGGCGGAGCUAAUUAGUCGUGCUGCCAGCCGGGUUAUGUCAAGUGAAAUGUUGAAUUAAUGAUGGCGACACCACUCAGGGGUGUCACGUCACAGGGGGUCACAUGACCCACUGUCACUGGUGAUGUGUGUUCUCACCUCUGCAACACCCGCCACCAGAAGCGUGACUCUCAUUAAGUGUGUGUGUGUGUGUGUGUGUGUGUGUGUGUGUGUGUGUGUGUGUGUGUGUGUGGUCUCCAUCCUCACCUGCUCGGCUGAUCAUGUCCACCUCCUCGCGGCACACCUCCUCCACACGACUGCGGAGGUGACACAGCGCCCUCCUGGCGCCACUGAAGGCCUCUGUGGGCGGGGCCAGGGUCCUGGAAAGGCGGCUGGCAGGCACAGGAAGGCACAGCAGCGGCGCCGCCUGGGAGGGUUGAGCAGACAAAGUCUCUUUAGCACGCCUCACUGCGUCCUUUGGAAAAUUGCAUUCAGCCAGGUGAGGACUUUUUUCCGCCAGUCACCGCUGACUCAUCGCCGAUCCCUCCGCGGCCUCCUUGUCGGCCUCACCUGCAGGAAGUGUCCGUUGUCCUCCGUUUGGGUGAGCCGGCUGAUCUCCUCGUCCCUCCUCCUCAGCACUUCCAGAUCCUUCCGCAGCAUCUCCAUGUCCAGCUCGGCCCGCCACACCGCCGCUCGCUCCCGGGCUUCCAGCCUGGCGCGGACCUACACAAGACCGCCAGUCAGCAUUUGCCAGGCGGGAUACAUCGUGGCAGUCUACUAUCGACUCCAGACUCUGCUGAGACUCCUCCAGUUCGCGCUCGCAGCUUCGGAUUUUGCCCUGGAUCGUCCUCUGAGACUCUUGGAGCUGAACCUGCACACCAGACAAGGAACAUGUGGCGGCCCCACCACGGAGGUUCUCCCCGCGUCGCACGGAGCUCUGCAGCGGCCACCCGGAGCAGCCACGGCCGCCAACACGCACCCAGGACGGGGAGGCUCUCAGGGGGAGGAUCGGCUGAGGCUGGAGGACAUCUUCAUCGCCGUGAAGACCACCGGCAGGUUCCACAGGACGCGCCUCGUCCUCCUGCUGGACACAUGGAUCUCCACCACCAAGACUCAUACGUUCAUUUUCACAGACACAGAAGACGAGCACCUGAAGAUUAAAGAUUUCCACAUGGUGCUGACCGGCUGCCAGUCGGACCACAGCCAGCAGGCCCUGGCGUGCAAGAUGGCGGCCGAGUACGACGCCUUCAUGGCGUCCGACAAGAGGUGGUUCUGUCACGUGGACGACGACAACUAUGUCAACGCCGAGGCUCUCCUCGCCGCGCUCGCCGCCUUCCCUCGCCGGGGCGACGUUUACGUGGGCAAGCCGAGCCUGGACAAGCCCAUCACCGCGCACGAACUCUCGGAGGGCAAUGCCACGAGGGAAGUGAAGUUCUGGUUCGCCACAGGAGGAGCAGGGUUCUGUUUGAGCAGACAACUGGCCCAGAAGAUGUCUCCAUGGGCUCGAGGCUCUCGCUUCCAGGAGACGUCAGCAAAGAUCCGCCUCCCCGACGACUGCACGGUGGGCUUCAUCGUAGAGGAGCGGCUGGGGGUCUCCAUGGUCCACUCCCCCUUGUUCCACUCUCACCUGGAGAACCUGCUGCUCAUCAAACACGCUGACAUUCCUCACCAGGUGACGCUGAGUUACGGAAUGUUUGAGAAGAAGUUGAACAGCGUGGAGUUGAAGGGAAGAUUCUCCCAAGAGGAAGAUCCAUCCAGGUUCAAGACUUUGCACUGCCUGCUGCACCCGCUGACCAGCUGGUGUCCUUAAAGAAACAAACACCAGACAGGAAGUAGAAGUCACGGGACAGGAAGGACGGUUUAGUUGGCGACGUCAAUCGGGAUUGACUAGAAAGUGGAUAUUAAAAUUGUACAAAGUGUAUGUGUUACAAAAACACGUGUUUUGUUUACUGGCCUGAAUGCUAAAUGUGCUAAACUGAAAUGCUAAAGUUAACAGGCUAACGGUUAGCAUGUGUCACGUACCAAGUUAUACAGCUAAAAAAAAAAGUCAGCAUGCUAAUGUUAGCAUCAUCUCUGAAUCAAUCACAAAUGAUCUACCGCCUGAGAGUCGGUACACGACUACAUCACCGAUCUUCUGCUGCCUGGCGAGUCUCCAAGUUCGGCCGUUUGGAAAAGGAAAUGACUCCCGAUCAGCUGGCUGAGUAACGACACUCCCAAAACCACGGGAGAAACUAUUUAUGUCACCAGACAAUGCCUUCCGGCUUAGCUCCUUUCUCACCACGACGGACCGUUGCAGAGUCCGCAGCACUGCAGAUCUCAUGAUCCACUCUUCCCCCACCCGGGAACAAGACCCCGAGGUACUUGAACUCCUCCACCUGGGGCAAAAUCUCCACCCCUACCCCGGAGAUGG